GGAAAUCCACUUCCAGCAAGUGCAGCAAACUCUGAUAUCACGCGCACAAGUUCAGGAGUGAAGGUAAGCGGGCAGCUUUUAUGGAUCGGAUAUGACUGAAAUUCCGCGACAGUCCGAACACAGGGAAAAUGGCGCGGGGCAGAAGAGCAACGCUGAACUCCGCCGCACAGCUGCUUGUACCCUGCGUGAUCUGCGUGCUUGUUGCGGUGAGAGCGCGAGCCUCGGUCAACGACGUCCCGGGCGGAUUCAGCAUGACCCCGCCGUACUUUAACUUGGCUGAGAGCUCGGUCAUUUCAGCCACGGCUACGUGUGGCGAGGAGGAAAACGGCAACCCGAGGACGGAUCUGUACUGCAAACUGGUCGGAGGGCCGACGGUGGGAUUAACGAGCCAAACUAUCCAGGGGCAGUACUGUGACCACUGCAAUGCCAAUAACCCUGAGAAAGCCCGUCCAGUGAGCAACGCCAUCGAUGGCACAGAGCGCUGGUGGCAGAGCCCGCCUCUCUCGAGGGGGCUACGGUACAACGAGAUAAACGUCACGCUGGAUUUGGGUCAGCUCUUCCAUGUCGCUUACAUCAUCGUAAAGUUUGCCAACUCGCCCCGGCCAGACCUGUGGGUCCUCGAGCGCUCCGUCGAUCACGGGAAGACCUUCUCGCCCUGGCAGUAUUUCGCACAUUUAAAACAGGAUUGCAUUGAAAGGUUUGGUAAGGAGCCUAACAGCAGAAUCGUUGGAGAUGAUGAUCAGAUCUGUACCACAGAGUACUCACGGAUCGUCCCAUUAGAAAAUGGCGAGAUCUUCGUGUCUCUCGUGAACGGUCGUCCCGGAUCGAAGAACUUCGCCUACUCUCCGGCGCUGCAGGAAUUCACCAAGGCCACAAACAUCCGCCUGCGCUUUUUACGGACCAACACACUGCUGGGGCAUCUGAUCUCCAAGGCUCAGCGUGACCCCACUGUGACACGCAGGUAUUACUACAGCAUUAAAGACAUCAGCGUGGGAGGACGGUGUGUGUGUCACGGCCAUGCACAUUCGUGCGGAGUGCGAGUGCCAGGCCGGCAAAACCUACUUCAGUGCGAGUGUCAGCACAACACCUGCGGUGAGUCAUGUGAUCGCUGUUGCCCUGGAUACCACCAGAAGGCGUGGCGUGUGGCGACGACCGACAGUCAAAACGAGUGCGAGCCUUGCCAAUGCCAUUCGCAUGCCACUGACUGUUAUUAUGAUGCCGAGGUGGAGCGCAGGAGAGCAAGUUUGAACAUACACGGCAGAUACGACGGUGGAGGCGUGUGCAUUAACUGCCAGCAUAACACCGCCGGGGUGAAUUGUGAAGUGUGUGCUGAGGGUUACUACAGGCCCCAUGGCGUCCCUCCAGAGUCUCCUACAGGCUGCAUACCUUGCAGGUGUGACGACAGGACUACGAGCGGCUGUGAGAUGGGUUCCGGGCGGUGUCUAUGCAAACCUCAGUACAAUGGAGACCACUGCGAUCGCUGCGCCAGAGGCUACCAUGAUUACCCACAAUGCACUCCGUAUAUAGAUCACCUGAUUAAGACUCCUGCACCUCCAACUGGCAAUGCUGUUGAUUGUCCUGUGGGUUUUUUUGGUGCGCCCAACUGUCAACCAUGUGUGUGUGAGCGAGCUGGUACAGUUCCAGAGAUCUGCAGUGUGUCUGGACAAUGUUUAUGCCGUCCUGAGGUUACAGGCCAGAGCUGUGACCGCUGUCGUCCGGGCCAUCACUCCUUCCCGUACUGCCACUUGUGCCGAUGUGAUGGGCCUGGGGUGUAUGAUCUUUCAUGCGAACCGACGGGUCAGUGUCGCUGUCGACCCAACUACAUCGGCCUACAGUGUGAGCAAUGCGCCAUGGGACACUACGCAUACCCGACAUGCUCCCCAUGCCAUUGUUCGCGAGAAGGCUCUCUUGAUGGGUCAUGUGACCCAAAGUCAGGUCAGUGCGUGUGUAAUCCUGCCGUGACAGGACACAGGUGUGACCGCUGUGUCGAACCCGACCAGACCUUUCCUGAUUGCUUUGACCUCGACACCUCCUGCAAUUCUGCAGGGUCAGACGUAGACACUAAGGAUCCAUUAACGGAAGCAUGUAUCUGCCUACCGUAUGUAGAGGGACCUGAAUGUGAACACUGCAAACCUCUUUACUGGAACCUGGAUCCUGAAAACCCAACUGGCUGUGCUGAGUGCAUGUGUGACGUUAAAGGGACUCAGAGUGGUGUGGGUGAAUGUCAUGAGAAAACCGGUGAAUGUUUCUGCAAGCCCAACAUUUGCAGCCACGCCUGUGAUACAUGUGACGACGGCUACUUCCUGCUGCAGGAGAAGAACUAUUUUGGCUGCCAGGGCUGCCAUUGCGAUGUGGGCGGGGCUGUAGGGCGUGGCUGCGAUGAGCUGACUGGUCAGUGCCGGUGCCGGAAGCACAUGCGCGGCCGAACGUGCUCUGAGCCAGAGCCCAGCUUCUACAUUCCUGACCUCCAUCAUCUGAAGUUUGAGGCAGAGCAUGGCAUCAUGCCCAAUGCCCGGCCCGUGCGCUUCGGAUACGACCCAAACGAGUUCCCACAAUUCAGCUGGAGAGGCUACGCGACACUCUCGCGUGCGCAGCCAGAGGUGGAGGUGUAUGUUGUUGUCACCUCCCCUGGUCCCUUUACCGUUGUAAUGCGCUACAUGACCGCCGGCGUGCACACGCCCGUGCGCGGGAGAGUCUUACUGGUGGCGGGAUCGAGCUUUUACUCUCACUGCAGCUGGUCUGGAGAUAGUAAAGAGGUGCUGUUUCCUCCCAGCCGCUCUCCCGCCUUCCUCACCGUUCCCGGAGACGGAUUCGCCCAGCCCUUCACUCUCAGUACGGGAAAAUGGAUCGUGUGUGUGCAAGCUGAGGGAAUCCUGCUGGACUACUUGGUGCUGCUGCCCAGCGCGUACUAUGAAGCUAGGAUUCUGCAGCAGGAGAUCACAGAGCCGUGCACAUACCGGUCCGGAGACGGCAACUGUCUCCUCUACAAGCACGUGCCGUUGGACGGGUUCCCGUCAGCGUUGGCGUCUCAGAGCCUGGGCUCGGCACACAGACACGGCCGCAUCCGCCAGCCCACUGCCGACCAUCCCGAGCUGGUGUCCGUUAACGGCAGACAGCUGCGGCUGAUGCUGCACGUCCCCGAGUCCGGCUCACACGUCCUGGUUCUGGAGUACGCCAGUGAAGUGGACGCUUACCAGAAUGUUAACGUACAUAUUGGUGGACAACCAAAGGACCAAGUUCAAACCAGAGCUAACAUCUACACCUGCGCUUAUAGCUUCCUCUGUCGCUCUGUGGUGGUGGAUGGACAAAACCGCAUCGCUCACUUUCUGCUUCCCCCCAAGGCUGAGAUACUUCUGCAGUCCCCCACGCGCUCAGUGCUGCUGUAUCGCGUGUACGCCGUCCCUUCUGAUGAGUUCACCAUGGAGCUCGUCCAGCCCUCAGUGCUCUGCGUCUCGCGCCACGGCCGAUUCACAGAGGACAGUAAGCACUGCGUUCAGAGUCAGUUCAACACACCUCCUACAGCGCUCACGUUAGACGCCUCGACCGUGACACGGCCGUCCAGAUUCAGCACUCAGGCUUCAGGACGGUGCGAUGGACCUUUGCUCAAAUCACCCCAGACUGAAGUGGAACUGAGAGCACAUGUUCCUCAGACAGCCCGCUACAUCUUCAUAGUGCACUACUGUCAGCCUGAGCACACUACUUUCCCUGUAGAGGUGCUGCUGGACUCCGGGGAGAUAUGGAAAGGUCAUGUGAACGCCUCCUUCUGUCCCUCCGUGUCCGGCUGCAGGAGUGUGGUUAUAGCAGACAGACGCAUCGCUCUGGACGUCCGUAAACAGACUCUGUCUAUUACACUGAAGAUCCCAAAAGGAAAAACCCUCACUCUGGAUUCUGUGCUGGUGAUUCCUGAAGAAAGCUACAGCCCCGAACUUCUUAAUCCUAAAGCUCUGGAUAAGGCUUCGGAUUUCAUCAAUCAGUGUGGAGCUCAGGGAUUUCACAUUGACCACCACAGCGCCUCGGAGUUCUGUAAGAGUUCGGCACGCUCUCUGGUCGCUCACUAUCUGGACGGCGCUCUGCCUUGCCAUUGUGAUCAAUCAGGAUCAACCAGCCCUACCUGUGAGCCAAUAGGAGGACAGUGCCACUGCAGACCUCACGUGAUUGGGCGCCAGUGCUCUCGCUGUGCCACAGGGUUCUACGGCUUCCCGUACUGCAGACCGUGCCAGUGCGGCCGGCGGCUGUGUGACGAGGUCACCGGCGAGUGCAUCUGUCCCCCGCAGACGGUGCGUCCCGCGUGCGACGUGUGUCAGAGUGAGACGUUCAGCUAUCACCCGCUGCUGGGCUGUGAAGGCUGCGACUGUUCGCCCACUGGAAUCCGUAACGGAGACACGGGCCAAUGCGAUGUCACCACCGGCCAGUGCAUCUGUAAACCCAGGAUAGGUGGGCGGCGGUGCUCGCAGUGUGUCGCCGGUUACUACCGUUUCCCCGACUGCCUGGCGUGCUCGUGUAACGCCGGAGGAGUGACGGCGCAGAUCUGCGACCCCAACACCGGACGCUGCCUCUGCAAGAGUAACGUGGAGGGGCCGCGGUGUGACGUGUGUCGUAAGGGUUCAUUUCAUUUUGACCCGAGCAACCCGAGAGGAUGUACCGAGUGCUUCUGCUUCGGUGUAACAGAGCAGUGCCGCAGCUCCGACAAACGCAGGGGGAAGUUUGUGGACAUGCGCUCGUGGCGCCUGGUGACAGCUGAUCAGGACGAGGUGGGGAGUGUGUUAAACCCGCUCAGUAAUACAGUGGUGGCUGAUGUUCAGGAGCUUCCUGCGUCCGUGCUGCAGCUCCACUGGGUUCUGCCUCAGUCGUACCUCGGGGACAGGGUGUCAUCUUACGGGGGCUACCUCACCUACCAGGUCAAAUCUUUUGGCCUCCCACGUGAAGGGAUGAGCCUCCUAGACAAACAACCUGACGUUAUUCUCAAGGGAGAAAAAAUGACGGUGGUCUAUCAGGACGCUCAGUCGCCUUUGCCGGACAGGGUUUAUCAGGGUCGCAUGCAGUUAGUCGAGGGCAGCUUCCGCCACAGUGGGACGAACAGACCUGUGUCCCGAGCGGAGCUGAUGAGAGUGCUGGCGCAGCUGGAGGCUGUAUGGAUCCGAGCUCUCUAUUUCAGUCACACUCAGAGACUCAGCGUGGGCGAGGUGGGCCUGGAGGAGGCCAGCAGGGUGGGCACCGGGGCACCAGCGGGCAAUGUGGAGGUCUGCACCUGCCCACCGGAGUACACCGGCGACUCCUGUCAGAGAUGUGCUCGUGGUUACUAUAGCGACAGAAAUGGCCGCUGUGUUUCCUGUGCGUGUAAUGGACGUUCCGACGAUUGUGACGAGAUUACAGGGAGAUGUCUGAACUGCCAGGACGACACAGCCGGAGAUCACUGCGAGCGCUGUAAAGACGGCUACUACGGCAACGCCGCUCUGGGGACCUGCACGAUCUGUCCAUGUCCGCUUCGCCUGGAGAGCAACAAUUUUGCUGUGGGCUGCAGUGAGGUAUCUGGAAGAAUUCGCUGUCAGUGUAAGCCUGGAUACGCAGGAGAAAAGUGUGAGAGGUGUGCUCCUGGAUAUUUCGGCAGACCUGAGGUAUAUGGAGGCAGCUGUCAGCCCUGCAAGUGCAACGGGAACUCCUGCUCACCCACCACCGGAGUGUGCAAUUACAUACAGGACCCCAAAGACACGAACACUGCAGAGGAAUGUACAGAAUGCGACAGCUGCGCUCAGACCUUACUCAACGAUUUGGAGCGGAUCGAUGGCGAUCUGGCGCGGCUCAAGAUGCAGCUGGACUCCAUCAAUUCCAGCUCCGAGGCUCAUAAGCGUCUAAAAGAGCUUGAGAAAGCCAUCAGUGAAGUGAAGCGCAUGGUGAUCACUUACACGACUGACGUGGGAAAGCUCAGGCCUAAAGUGACCGAGCUGGAGCGAGACGUACGCGCUCUGACUCUAGACAUUAACAAGCUGAAGCAGGAGGCUGAGAAGAGGUCAGACGAGGCCCAGAAGUCGGUGAGGAAUGUAGAGAACACUCACAAAAAAGCCAGAGAUCUCAACAGCCAGAUCCUGGACCUGUUUAGGAAAAUCCAAGAGCUCCUGAAGCAGUUGAGCGAUCCGUCACCGGACGGCAGCAUCACCCUUCCUUCAGGAGACGCAGACAAACUGCUGAGAGAGGCCAAGCGGCUGGUGCAGGUGAUGCAGGAACGGAGCUUCAGCCCUCAGAAGGAUGCAGCGGAGAAGGAGCUGGACGAGGCGAAGAAACUCUUAGAUUACAUCAGGAACAACUGCACGAAACAGUUUAAUCAGAACCAGGAAGCAGCCGACAGGAUCAGGGGACUUCUGAACGACUACGAAGACAAGCUAAAGGAGCUGGACAAGGCUCUGAAGGAAGCGAGUGAGACGGUGCAGAAAGCCAACACACAGAACACACUCAACGCUCAGACCCUCACCGAUCAGCUGAAACGCAUUAACGAUUUGGAGAGAGAGAAGACCAGCGUGCAGAACGACAUCGCCAUGGCAAAGCAGCAGCUGAAAGGUGUCGAGGACCUGCUGAAGAUGCUCAGCGAGAGCAAGAAGGAAUAUGAGAACAUGGCUGCAGAGCUGGACGGAGCGAAGACCGAGCUGACGAACCGAUUGAACAGCGUCUCCCGGGCAGCGGCUCUACAAGGGCUGGUGAAGGACGCGGAGGAUCACGCCGCGCUGCUCAACAAGCUGGCUAACCAACUCCAGGAGGCCGUAAAGAACUCGAGCGGCCGAGCCGAUGUGAAGGACGCCCUCGCCGCUGUCGACGCCUACAAAAACAUCACAGAGGCAAUCAAGGCAGCCGAGGAGGCAGCAAAGAAGGCCAAGGAGGCAGCUGAUAAGGCUCUGAACGAUGUCAUUCGUGGUGAUAUAAGCAACAGGGCAAAGGAUUUAAAUGACCGAGGUACAUCACUCCAAAAAGACGCUAAAAACGCUGAGAAAGAUCUGAAACAGCUGAAAGAUGACCUGAAGGAGCAGCAGCAGCGUUUGGAUGACGCCCGAAAGAAGCAAACCCGGCUGGACGAAGAUCUGCGUGACAUCAACAAUGAUCUGAACAACAUUCAGAGAGAUGACAUUGCUACAAUGAUCGAUAUCGCCAAGAGAACAGCAGGAGCAGCGAACGCCUCAGCCAGCAACACAAUGAACAGGCUGAAGGACAUAAACGCAGAAAUCAACGCUAUUAAAGCGUUAAACGUCAACGGAACUCCAGACCAGGCCAACAUCAACCGCAUACUCAGUGACGUGGACAUGGCAGUGAAAAACCUGAGCAACUCAAUCCCAUCGCUGCUGGAUAAAUUCAAUCAGGUGGAGAAGCUGAGUUCUGAUAUUGACCCCAACAACAACAUCUCUUACAACAUCAUGCGCAUUAAAGAGCUGAUCGAGCAAGCACGCAGCGCCGCCAACAGGGUUCCAGUGCCCAUGAAAUUCACUGGUUUGGAGCAUGUGGAGCUGCGACUCCCCCGAACCCUGGACGACCUGCGAGCCUACACGACGAUGAGUCUCCUCCUGCAUCGUCCCAUGGGCCGAGGGGACGGCAGACGGCGGCGUCGCCAGAGCAACGGAGACGACGGCAAUCUGUUCGUUCUCUACCUCGGCAACAAGGACACGAAAAAGGACUACCUCGGCAUGGCCCUGAGAAACAACGUCCUCUAUUUUGUUUACAAGCUGAACGGAAUCGUUCAGGAGAUCGAGUCGGUGGACAUCACCCUGUCGAAUCCAGAUCGGAUCUUCAUGGAUAAAGUGGACAUGCGCAGGAUUUAUGAAGAUGCUCAGGUCAAUCUCACAAAGUUAUUCACGACAAAUAAACCAGAUCAAGAAGUCCCAAGGUCCGCACAGGGAGACGCGCUAAAUAACCUGCUGGACCUCCAUCCCAGUGAAGCCGUCUUCUACGUAGGAGGUUACCCGAACGACUUCACCCCUCCACCACCUCUUAAUUAUCCCGGAUACCGGGGCUGUAUAGAGUUCAACAUGUUUAACGAGAAGUUUAUGAGUCUGUACAACUUUAAGUCACUGGGACCUGAGAAUGUCACCUUACAGAUGCCGUGCAAGAGAUACAUCCAGCAAGAGGAAGGUGAAUACCUUGAUGGCACGGGUUAUAUUCAGUUGCAGCUUGAAAAUGUCCUCAGGAGGUUGAACAUCUUCCAGAAGAUAGAGACUCGAGCCGAGAACGGCAUCCUGCUGUACAUGGGAAACGAGAACUCAUACUACCUCAUCACGCUCGAGAACCGCUAUCUGGUGCUGCGUAGCAAAAUUGGAGACAAACCGCUGGUGACCAAGAGGAGCACAGACACACAGGAUUUGAACGAGGAGCUCAAGGUGUUAUUCGAUAGCAUAAAUAACGUUAUACAGAUACGUUUCCGGACAAAGAACGACGUGGUGGUGACUGGUCCAUACGCUUUUGAAGCUUUCGACAGCUACUUCAUCGGUGGCGUCCCCUCAGAUUUGAGAAGAAGAUACAACAUCACGGUGCCACCAUUGAGGGGUUAUGUGACGGGUUUGAGUGCCGCCGGCAAAGCUCCAUCUCCACUGAAUAAAGUGGGUGCUGGCCGGAGUUAUGGCAGCAAGAUGCUGGCAUUGAGGAACGCAGAGUUCAGCACGGGCAGUUCACUGGAUUCUCCGCCCACAGGCUUCAGUCUGGACGGAGCUUUGACACUUUCGCUUGGAUUCAAGAGCACCGGGAAGGACGGUCUUCUGCUGCAGAACAAACAGGCUAGCAAAAAGAUCGGGCUCUCGAUGGUGAACGGAUACGUGGUACUGAAGGACGAGAACCGUGCUUGGAGUUCCAAUAAACAGUACCAAGAUGGAGAAUGGCAUUACGUUACUGCCACCAACAAGGGUGGAAGAAUGGAGCUCCGAGUCGACGAAGACGACACAGGAAAGGAUUUCCCACAGGCUCCCGAUCUCAACUUCCUCUCCAAUAACGUCACUCUGGGCGCGGGCUCCUUCACAGGCUGCAUGUCCAACGUCUACCUGAGAAGGUCUGAUGCUUUGUACUUGCCGGAGGACUUGAGUGGUUUUUCCUCGACGGGAGACGUGAUCUUGGAUACGUGCAUGUCUGAGCAUCAGCCUGAGAACAUGUGGGAUAACCCGAAGAAGUGAUGAAGACGAUCCUGAGAGAGUGGACUAACAGGGAGAUGUGUGUCAGCUAGUCUCAUCUUAGACCAGCACCUGCCUAACCAGACGCCUAAUCUGAUCACUGCAUGAACUUUUUUUUCAUUUUUAUCGCUAGUAAACAUUUUCCACUGAUACAUAUACAUUUCACCCAUUCCUAACCCGUAUGUAAACACAAACCAUUUAGCGGAGACAAAGUAACAUUUUAUUUGGAAUUUUCUUUCUAUUUUUGUUGUUUGUAUGAGUGUCAAUAUCAAUACCAGUGUGUUUCAGAUAAAGGACUACUAAUAAACACUCUAACCAAGUUCUCACCUAA